CUGCCACCUGCCGCCGCCGGGCCGGGCCGGCCCGGGCCCUCCGCCGCCCAUCCCUGCCGUGCUCCUGCCCCGCCCGAGGGAUCGGGCGGACCGCGGGCCGCGCCCUCCGGCCAGCUCUCCCCGCGGCCAUCGCGCCGCCUCGCGAGACCCGGGGCUGGCCGUGGCCGCUGCUGAGCCGCAGGAAGGGAGCGGCCGCCGCGUAGGACGCCCGGCCCAUCUGUACGGCCGGCGGCCCUACCCGGGCGCGGACGGCGGUGGCGGCGGGCCCCGCGGCCUGCUCUCAGUCCGGUGGAGCCUAGCGGAGCCCGGACCUGGAGGGGAACGCUGCAUCCGCGGCCGGGCCUCCCGACGCCAGCGCCGCCACCGUCCAUCACCCUCGGUCCCGGCAAUGGCCUUUGUAUCGCCCGAUGCACUUGUGACUGACUUGGACACGGAAUAUUAAGAACCCGCUCGCUUCCGUCCCCACCCCAGUCGCGCGGGGAGUGACCACCUCGGCUCCUUUGGGCUCUUCACUGCUGCUCCUCUUGACUGGCUUCGGCUUUGGGGUCACCAUGGACCAAAGUGGGAUGGAGAUUCCUGUGACCCUCAUCAUUAAAGCGCCGAAUCAGAAAUACAGGGACCAGACUAUUAGCUGCUUCUUGAACUGGACCGUGGGGAAACUAAAAACGCAUCUGUCUAACGUGUACCCUAGCAAACCAUUGACGAAGGAUCAGAGAUUGGUGUAUUCGGGCAGACUGCUUCCCGAUCAUCUGCAGCUGAAAGACAUUCUCAGAAAACAAGAUGAGUAUCACAUGGUUCAUCUCGUGUGCACUUCCCGGACCCCCCCCAGCUCUCCCGAAUCCAGUGCCAGCACAGAGGGUCACGAGGCUCUGGCGUCCGGCGGCAGCAGUUCUAGUUCAGACCAGUCAGGAUCAACAACUCCAUCGUCCAGUCCAGAAACCUUGCCGCUAGCUGUCAGUGCGUCCACCGAAGGGCUGAGGCAGCGUGUCCUUCCACAAGUGCAGACCAACCCAGCCCAGAGUCGGCAGUUCCCCUACGUCCUGCAGGGAAAUGUAGACAACCAGCUUCCCGGACAAGCUGCGGCGGCCGGGUUCCCCGUGUACCCCGCGUUCAGCCCGCUGCAGGCACUGUGGUGGCAACAGAUGUACGCGCACCGGUACUACAUGCAGUAUCAGGCUGCAGUUUCAGCUCAGGCCACAUCGGACACUGCCCCUGCCCAGCCUGCACCUUCACAGCCCCUAAAUCUGGCCCAUGUUCCUGGAGAAGAACCCCCACCCGCACCAAACCUAGUGGCCCGAGAAAAUCGGCCCGUGAACGAGAACGUGCAGAUGAACGCGCAGGGCGGGCCGGUGCUGAACGAAGAGGACUUCAACCGAGACUGGCUGGACUGGCUGUACACCUUCUCCCGGGCCGCCGUCCUCCUGAGCAUUGUGUACUUCUACUCCUCCUUCAGUCGCUUCGUCAUGGUCAUGGGGGCGAUGCUGCUGGUUUAUUUGCACCAAGCUGGAUGGUUUCCCUUUAGGCAGGAAGUAGGCCAGCAGCAGGCUCCCCGCAAUAAUGCCGAGGUUAACGAUGGGCAGGAUGCAAACAACCUAGAGCUUGAAGAGAUGGAGCGUCUCAUGGACGACGGGCUUGAGGACGAGAGUGGAGAGGAUGCAGGUGACGCCGCGGGUGCGCUCCCCAGGCCGGGGCUGAUGGCAUCCGCGUGGUCCUUCAUCACCACCUUCUUCACUUCGCUGAUACCAGAGGGGCCGCCCCAGGCUGCCAAUUAGACCUGAGAGACUGCCAGCUGCCAAGGAGGGCCUGGCGUUAGGAGCGUGUUUUAAAUAACAGUGCAAUUUCAAAAAAAUUUAUUACUUCCUUAUCAUCAUCAUGUACAGAGGUGUUUGUUUUUUUUUAAGCUUCUGCAUAUGAAUAGUUUAAGCACAGAAGGACUACUAAAUGCGUGAUUUUUUAAAAAAAGAUCCUAACAGAACAUAGCGUAACACUAUUGGUCUUCCAGGUUUAUUAAUUUCAAUUAUGUGUAUUAUACCAGACAGACCUAUACAUGCAUCUUAUUUCUUUAAAGAGCUGCUUCAGAUAGGAGUGUCUAUAAUAACCCUGUCCUUCAAUGAGUAAUUUGAAUAAAUAUUAUCUAUUUUCUGUGAAUUAUCCUAAAAGUUUUAAACAGAAUGACUUCAUAGUUUUUAAAAAGAUUAUUUACCUAACAUGUGCUAGUAGCAUCUUGCCCAACCAUAAAGCAAUAAAAUUCUCAAUAAUCUUAAUUUCGACAUUUGAAUAAAUAAUGGGAACUUUAAAUUUUAAGGGCAAGUGUCCCAUCAUUUGGAAUUGGUACCUUUAAAAAUAAAGGCAGCUCUCUUCAAUGGGAUUAAUAGUGAUAUAAAAUGUUUGAUAUAAGCAGUACUUUUAUAAAAUAAGAUAUGCUGGAAAUCAUUCCCUGUAAUUUUUUAAAAUAAAAGGUCA